AUGAACGGCAAAGCUCUUCUCUUCAUGCUCCUCCUGGCCUUGGUUGUGAUUUUUGCCUUGGUUUGCGUCUUGUUGAGCAGAGGCGAAAAUGCCACCUGGUGCGGUUACCAGUCGCAGAGCUUCCCAGAGCAUCUUCACAGCGACUGCAGCCAGGUGUUUGCAGAUCUGUCGCAGGAGGAAAUGGCCCGUGUGGCGCUGUACCUGAAAUCCAACCUUGGGGCAAGCUUGGAAGAUGCUUCGCAGGCAAAACCCUCUGACAACUGCAUUUAUUCCAUUGACUUGCAGUUGCCACCCAAAGCGGAGUCCCUCGCAUUCCUGGAUCACGGAGGAAUCCGCCCUCCUAGGCAGGCUCUGGCUGUGGUGUAUUUUGGAAACCAGCCCACUCCAAACAUUACCGAGUAUGUGGUGGGACCUCUCCCAGAGCCGACCUAUCACUUGGAUGUGACUGUGCAGAAAUAUGGAGGGCCGCUGCCGUAUUAUCGCAGGCCCCCACUGGAUGCCGAAUACAAGCAGAUGGCCCGCUUUCUGCAUGGGGUGGCUUUCCCCACAGCUCCGAGUUUCAUGCAGCAGGUCUUGGACUACGACGGGACCAACCUCGCCGCCAUGACCACCUCUCCGCGGGGACUGAAGUCCGGAGAUCGCUCAACUUGGCUCGUCCUGUUCCAGAACGUCACUGGCUACUUCUUACACCCAGUUGGGCUGGAGGUGCUUCUGGAUCACAGCAGUCUGGACCUCUCCCUCUGGGCCGUGAAGAAAGUGUUUUACGGCGGCCACUAUUUCCAGGACUUGGCAGAGCUGGAGAGAGAAUUUGCUGAGGGACGUCUGCAAGUGGAGAAGGUGCAGAAGGUCCCGGCUGAAGGAGGUUUUGCUUCGUUGAAGCCUAAGGUUUCCCCCGCCGGGCCGGGCCCUGUGAAUUACGAGCCUCAGGGGCCACGUUACAGCGUGAGGAGCAAUCAAGUCCUUUCCUCCUUCUGGAGUUUUGCCUUCAGGAUGGAUGUGAGCAGGGGACCACGUCUCUUUGACAUCCGGUUCAAAGGCCAAAGGGUCGCCUAUGAGCUCAGUGUGCAGGACACCAUGUCGGUCUACGGGUCCAACAGCCCUGGGGGGAUGUCGAUCCGCUACAUGGACGGGAGCUUUGGCAUUGGGAGGCUCACCUUCCCCUUGGUUCGAGGUGUCGACUGUCCUUAUUCCGCGACCUACCUUGACGUCCGCUCCCUAGCUCAAGCGGAAAGGCCCCUGGUCACCCGCGACGCCCUGUGUGUGUUUGAGCAGGACCUGGGCGCUCCGCUCCGGCGCCAUUACUCCCACCUCCGUUCCGUCUUCUACGGGGGGCUGCCUGCCACCGCGCUGGUCUUCCGCUCGGUUUCGAGCAUAGGCAACUACGACUACAUCUGGGAUUUCGUCUUCCACCCCAACGGGGCCAUUGAAAGCAAAGUCCGAGCCUCCGGUUACAUCAGCUCAUCUUUCCUCUACGGCGACGGGCUAGAUUACGGGAACCGAGUUGGGGACCACACUCUGGGGAACAUACACACCCACUUUGUCGGCUACAAGGUGGACCUGGACGUUGGUGGUAAGUGUGUGCAUUUUUUCACCUUCACACACCUGGAGCAGUCUCUGUGUCUUGCUGCAAUGUCCCGUUCUUGCUGUGGGAAAGUUCUUGGUCUAUGAUGGAGGCUCGAAUGGAUCACCCUGGGAUAGCUCAGCCGGUAGAGCAUCAGACUCUUAAUCUCAGAGUCGUGGGUUCAAAGCCCACAUUGGGCAAAAGAUCCCUGCAUUGAGGGGGUUGGACUAGAUGUCCCUUGGGGUCCCUUCCAACUCCUACUGCCGUUUGCACCUAGUAGGAGAAGACCAAGACUGCUACUCAAAAGGAGAGCACUGACUAAGCAAUUCAGCCUCCCUCUCUUAAUUUUAGUCUUAAUACAGUGGUACCUCGGGUUACAUACACUUCAGGUAACAUACGCUUCAGGUUACAGACUCCGCUAACCUAGAAAUAGUACCUCCGGUUAAAAACUUUGCUUCAGGAUGAGAACAGAAAUCAUGCUCCAGCGGCGCGGCAGCAGCAGGAGGCCCCAUUAGCUAAAGUGGUGCUUCAGGUUAAGAACAGUUUCAGGUUAAGAAUGGACCUCUGGAACGAAUUAAGUACAUAACCAGAGGUACCACUGUAUUAGUUUUCCUUGGGCUUGCCUGUCAGCGAACUCUCUGUCCUUUCCGACAAAUGCAUCAAUGAACCACGGAGAACUCAAUAAUGUCUCUGUCCCUUGCAGUGAAUCUGCCAGGAGUGGGGAUGCAGGGUGGAGGGGAAAGGCACUGGUAUAUUUUCCUGUUCUGCCAAGAUACUGGCUCGUGCAUAUGCUAGAAAGAUUGUCCAAAGUCCUCGCCCCAACCCAACUUCCAGAGGUGGCCUCUUGGUGUUUAUUUUGCGAGGCUAAGAUAAUAGACCCGGUGGCCUGUGCUAUUGAACUAUCAGCUGUGCUGCAGAUCAGCUGCCCAGGGGCACAGCCCUCCCGUCUUCUGAAGCAGGCUUCCUUAUCAUCUCUCCCUUAUGGAUGAAGGACGUGAACACUGCAGGUGUUGUUGCUUUGUAGGCAGUGCCACCUAGUGACUAGUGAGCCAGGGUUCCUGUUGCAGAUUUACAAAUGAAUGGAUUCCUUUUGAGGCAGGAGAUACACUUCCAAGCAUAGCUGUCAACCGUCCCUUAUUUGGCGGGAAAGUCCCUUAUCCUAGUGCUGUGUCCUGCUGCUGUCCCUUAUUGAUGAUGUCCCUUAAAUUUCCCGGGUUUCAAAGGAAGCAGCUCCUCUCCCUCCCUCCCUGCCGGCCAGGGAGGAGGGAGGCUCCAACUGGGUUGCUUGGCUGCGUUGCUCACCCAAUAAGGAGUCUAAGAACGACUGGGGGGUGGAGCUUGCAUGCCUUGUGCCGAUCAAAUCGGCCGCGUUGCCUGGGGACUCGCCUUUGCUCAGCGCUUCCCAGCGGAGAGGUGACGGUGGUUUCCCUUGCUGCAUCCCCUUUGCCGGGUUGCUGCGCUGUGGGAACCACCGCUUGAGGCUUUGUUUGGCUGCUGGCUGGGCUUUCUGCCUUUGGCUCAGAGGGGCUCAGAAGUUGAACAUACCUGUGCUCUGAAAAUCCCUUAUUUUGGCUGCUGGUCCCUUAUUUUCAAAUCUGUAAGUUGACAGCUAUGCUUCCGAGUGGCCUUGAUGACUUGCCUCGGCCUCCUCAGAAGUAAGCCCUAUUGAAUGCAAAGGGAUUGGGUCCCAUACAAAUGUGGUCCUCCCUGCCUGUGCCCCUUUGCUCACUUGCACUUGCCCCAAGGCCAGGCGCAGGCCUGGGGAGAAUCAGUGCUUAGAAAUCCCUGGUAGUGAUGGGGCAGGGAAAGGCCUCAGCCGAAAGCCAGAAGGCAGGAAUAGGAUGGUAGUUGUGUACUUCCUGAGUGGCUGCUUGCUGCUGCCUGGAGCUCCCUCUUUUCAGCUGCCCAGUUCCUUGCCCUGCUGGGCCACUGUCCUCAGCACCUCUGGGAAUGAAGAGCACUGGGAUCAGGGCCAUAAGCGCCACGAAUGAGUGAGCUGGGGAUGGAAGAAGGCAGCAGCAGAAAGAGGUUGAGGCGGAGAGGGAUGGGGUUUGUGUUGUGGGUACCACUGAGGAGGUGGUGAGUGAAAAGCAGAGAGGAUCCGAGACAAAUAAACAAAGGUUUUAUGCCAAACACACCUUACAGGGGAAAGCAUCGUGGUAUUGUAUCAGAAAACCUUUUCGCGUUACUCCCGGUUAGGAGAAAAGCGAUUUUUGCUCCAGGAUAUCUUAUGUGAUGGGACGCAGGUGGUGCUGUGGGUUAAACCACAGAGCCUAGGACUUGCCGAUCAGAAGGUUGGCGGUUCGAAUCCCCGCAACAAGGUGAGCGCCCGUUGCUCGGUCCCUGCUCCUCCCAACCUAGCAGUUCGAAAGCACGUCAAAGUGCAAGUAGAUAAAUAGGUACCACUCCGGCGGGAAGGUAAACGGACUUUCCAUGCGCUGCUCUGGUUUGCCAGAAGCGGCUUAGUCAUGCUGGCCACAUGACUCGGAAUCUGUACGCCGGCUCCCUCGGCCAAUAAAGCGAGAUGAGCGCUGCAACCCCAGAGUCGGCCACGACUGGACCUAAUGGUCAGGGGUCCCUUUACCUAUCUUAUAUGAACACUGCAGCAGAGAUGUCGAUGUGGUUCGUACCUGGAAAAGGCAGGAAAAGGCAGGCCAAAAGCUGAUUUUUGAGGCGGUGAGGAUAGGUCCUAGGUUUCCGUGGCAGCGUGUCUGCAAAGCAAAAAGCAUGGGGACUUCGUGAAAAGUCAAGCAGAGCUCAGCUGAAGGGUAAAGGAUUGUGGGGAACAUGCAGUGAUCGUUCCAAAUGAAUUCAGAAUGAGCUAUAGACUUGAGAUAAAGACAGAUCAGUAUGGAGUCCAAUGAUGCUGUGAGCAGGACAUCCUGUACUUAAAGGAUAAACAGAUUCCUUUCCAGCUUUUCCUGGGAAAUUUCCAGCAAUGGACAUUCAACCAUCUCCACAAUCAACUUGUUUUCAGUGCAGAAGCGUUCGUAAGAAUGAAGGUGUUCCAUAAGAUAUUAACUGAUGCAAAGGAAAGAGGUGGAUUUGCCCUGCCAGACUUUAAACUUUAUUAUGAAUCAGCAGCUUUUUGCUGGUUGAAAGAAUGGCUACUUCUUGAAAAUACAGACAUUUUGGAUUUAGAAGGUUUUAACAACGUAUUUGGAUGGCAUGCAUAUUUAUGGUAUGAUAAGGUCAAAGCACAUAAAGCAUUAAAAAUCAUAUUGUCAGGAAAGCACUGUUUAAUGUUUGGAUAAGAUACAAGGAUUUAUUGGAAAAUAAAACCCCAAGGUGGUUGUCACCGAUGGAAGCGAAAGCUCUGAAAAGGCUCAAUAUGGAGGCCAAAUGGCCGAAAUAUUGGGAAAUUUUGGAACAAGAAGGAGACAAAUUGAAAUUGCAGAGUUUCGAGAAACUAAAAACAAAGUGAGAGAUUGGCUUCAUUAUUAUCAGAUAAUGGAGGCAUAUAAUUUGGAUAAGAAAAUUGGCUUCCAGGUGGAAAAAUCAAAACUAGAAACAGAACUGUUAGAACCCAAAACUAAGAAUUUGUCAAGAAUGUAUAACUUGCUGUUGAAAUGGAAUACUCAGGAUGAAACGGUGAAAUCUGCUAUGAUUAAAUGGGCACAAGAUGUUGGACAUAAUAUUAUGUUUGCUGACUGGGAACAGUUAUGGACCACAGGUAUGAAGUUUACGGUAUGUAAUGCCCUAAGAGAGAAUAUUAUGAAAAUGAUAUACAGGUGGUACAUGACCCCAGUCAAGCUUGCAAAAAUCUAUCAUUUGCCCGACAAUAAAUGCUGGAAAUGUAAAGAAACUGAAGGUACAUUCUUUCACCUUUGGUGGACGUGCCCAAGGAUUAAGGCUUUCUGGGAAAUGAUAUAUAAUGAACUGAAAAAGGUAUUUAAAUAUACCUUCUUGAAGAAACCAGAGGCCUUUCUUCUGGGCAUUGUCGGCCAAUUGGUGCCAAAGAAGGACAGAACUUUUUUUAUGUAUGCUACAACAGCAGCAAGAAUACUCAUUGCAAAGUAUUGGAAGACACAAGAUCUACCCACUCUGGAAGAAUGGCAGAUGAAGGUGAUGGACUAUAUGGAAUUGGCAGAAAUGACUGGCAGAAUCCGAGACCAGGGAGAAGAGUCGGUGGAAGAAGAUUGGAAGAAAUUUAAAGACUAUUUACAGAAAUAUUGUAAAAUUAAUGAAUGAUAGAAUGAUGUUGGAUAGUAAUUAAGCGGUUUCCACCUGUAAUGCUCUAAGAGAAUAUGAAAAAAAAGGGUUAUAAAUGGGUUAAAAUCUAAUGGUAAGGAUUUGCUGAACCAAUAAAUUGAAGUGGAAUACAAAAAAGGGAGGUACGAGGAGGUCUGGGAAACAAGCUAAAGGAAAAUAAGUAAUAGAAAAUAUGUGUGUUUUUAACUAUUUUUAUUUUGUUUUUUUGUUUUUCAUUUUCACUGUAAUAUUUCAAAAAACCUUAAUAAAUAUCUUAUUAAAAAAAAAAAGAAGGUGUCCCCCCCCCCCCCAAGUGUUCAACUUACCGGUAAGCCUAAUUUCCAGUACUUCGUAACAUUAUAUUUUAACUUGUCCAUAUAGUAGAAGGCAGUUCAGUGGAUCUGUUCCCCCUCCUCGCCCCCAUUUUUCCUGUGAUACUUUUGCAGAAUGUGUGUGAAGCAGCCAGGAUUUGCACUACAGUGAUACCUCGGGUUAAGUACUUAAUUCGUUCUGGAGGUCCGUUCUUAACCUGAAACGGUUCUUAACCUGAAGCACCACUUUAGCUAAUGGAUCCUCCUGCUACCGCUGCGCCACCGGAGCCCGAUUUCUGUUCUCAUCCUGAAGCAAAGUUCUUAACCUGAGGUACUGUUUCUGGGUUAGCGGAGUCUGUAACCUGAAGCGUAUGUAACCCGAGGUACCACUGUACUUGAAGCCUCUCUGCAAAGGUAUCUAAGGAUUUGGAAUUUAGUCGUGCCAGUCAGAUGUCGCCCAGCUCCAUUUAUCAUUUCCAUCCCAGUUAAGUGAGGCUCUGGAAGAGCAGAACCAGUAUCUGGAAUCAGUAAUGGGCUGCUGGUCAAGAAACAAACGCAAUCCUGAUAGGUGCUGUAGUUAGAUACAGGCUCAGAGAUAAUAGUUUUCAGCCUGUUCUAGAUGUGGUUGCCAUCCCCCUCAAGCUGAGAUCAUACCCUCCAACAUUUCUCUGAUGAAAACAGGGCAUUCUGUUCUACGUCAGGAAGCAUCUCCCGCCUUUGAUCCUGGCGCACACAUGUGCGUCAUAUGCACACCUACAUUGGUCGCUUUGAGCCUGUUACAACUUCUCCACCGAGCCUACCUCACAGGGUUGUUGUAAAGGAAAAAAAUGUGUGAGGGAAGGGAAUGUGUGCAGCACCUUCCACAGAUGAUUGGAAUGGGGGAAAAGUUAACGGUACGAUGCUUUGAGUUCCUGUCAGGGAAAAAGGCAGGAAUAAUAAUAAUAAUUUAAAAAAAAAAAACUGGGAAUGAUCAGGAACAUACCAGAGAGUAAAUUCUAUUGAACUUAGUGGGACUUAAAAGGUAAAGGUACCCCUGAGCAUUAAGUCCAGUCACGGACAACUCUGGGGUUGCGCGUUCAUCUCGCUCUAUAGGCCAAGGGAGCCGGCGUUUGUCCGCAGACAGCUUCCGGGUCAUGUGGCCAGCAUGACUAAGCCGCUUCUGGUGAACCAGAGCAGCACACGGAAACGCCGUUUACCUUCCUGCCGCAGUGGUACCUAUUUAUCUACUUGCACUGGUGUGCUUUCGAACUGCUAGGUUAGCAGGAGCUGGGACAGAGCAACGGGAGCUCACUCCGUCGUGGGGAUUCAAACCACCGACCUUCUGAUGCGCCAAACCCACAUCCCAUUAGUGGGACUUAGUUCUGAGUAAAAAUAAUUAGGAUUGCAGUAUAAGGCUGUAGUUUACACCUUACCUGGGAGUAAGCACCACAGAAUACAGUGAGACUUACUCCUGAGCAGACAGUGUAAGGCUCCUUCUACAAUAACGGAAUAAAGACUCCCUGUGUUUCCCAAGAAAUGACUGGCUGCUGAAACAUUCCAGUUGAAGAAUUCAAAGUGGCUUGUUGAUCUUUUCCUUCAGAAUUAUAGGAAGGAUUUCGUAUGUCACCGUUUCCUUCAUUUGGGCAGGGAUUUUAUUUUCAGUGCGAACAGGACUUGCAUUUUGCACCACUUUAAGUUGCUCUCUGAAGGAAAAAAGGAAAACUAGGACAUUCCGGGAUCAAAUAAAAAACCAGGGCGGCUUCUGUAAUUCCGGGGCUGUCCCUAGAAAAUUGGGGCGCUUGGAGGGUCUGUAUUGGUGACCCCAUAGAUGUGGUUCAUGGAUGAACAUCGUUCAGCCGCUAAUAUCUUGCACCACCAAUAUUUUCCAACCCGCAAUUGCUGGAAAUUGCAGAUCAAUGGGUAGGUCCACUCAUAGACCUCAACCAGCUUGGGACAGGAGACUGUUUUUACAAUGUUUGAGUUCAAAAAAGGCCUCGCAUUGCAGCUGGGAGCAUCCUGAGGCUCUUUGACUGCAGUCUCCCAGCCAGCCGCCCCUCCUCAAAGGCGCCAUGUUGACAUCUAGGCCCCACCAAGUUGGGGGGCUAGACUCUGGAGGAUAUAUUGUUUUGUUCUUGUCCAGGGCAGGGGCGAUUGGGAGGGGGGGAACCUUGUACCAUUGUUCUAGGAAUGAGGUAAGGUUCCCAAAUUGCAGCCUUCCUGCUGGUUGUUUCCUGGAAAGCUGCCCUGAGGACAAAAGGCCCCGAGAGGUGCUGAGGGCCCCUUGCUCAGGAAAUAACAGGCUACGUCAAUUCUAAGGAGAAGCCUUUGAACUUUCAUUGGCUGAGUACUCCCACACCAAACGCACGCCUGACGCAUCCGGGAAACCAGGGCCGGCUCAGUCAUUAGGCGGUGUGAGGAAACCGCCUCAGGUGGCAGAAGUCCCUGAGGCGGCUUCCUUGCAUGCGCUGGAAUCGGUGCUAAUUUAGGGCGAGAUCUCCCAAAAAUCAGCUCCCGUGACGCACCCUUUAUCUGUGUGCUGGCCUGGUGUUUUUCAAACUUUUCAUCCUUUAAAUAGUUGACCUCCACUCAACCCACCACGGCACAAACUCCUUUGAAAUCUUCCUUUCCCAGCAUGAGGUGGGCCUGCUGCGCUUUGAGAAAAGGAAAGCCAAGAACCUCUUCAAAAAAAACAAAAGAAAAAACUAGUCCUUCAGUCUGUUGGAUCCUUGCCUUAAUUGCAUUUCCAUGUUUUGCAGUUCAUUCCGCUUUUUCAUCUAGAGCUGGCUUUAACUAUGAUCACAGAUCUCUGAAUCGUUUCCAGUUUUGUUCGCCGGCUCCUUACAUUGUGGUGCCUCAAAUCUGAACACAAUAGCUAUUGCUCAGCUGAAGUGUUCAGAAACCGUGGAUGCUUGUACCUCCCCAUCCUCAAAUUCCCAGUUUCUAACUGUCUUUUUUGUGUGUAUGUAUGUUUUUUUUAAAAUAUAUUAACUAAUUUCCCCCCAGAGGUUCCUUUCUUGGACCCAUUGUUAGACUUUGAUGUAUUUUGCUGUCUUGAACUGAAUGAGGCCUGUCUUCUGUCUCAGGGCUGACAGCCAAAUGUGGUUCUCAGGACCUCUUUAUUCAGCGCUUACAUACCCUCCAACAUUUAAGGAAGGGCUCCUGCUUUUUCCAUUCAAACUGUUUCCUGCAUCGACCUUAAUUUAUGCCUUGAUCCAAGCUGCAAAUCUAGGCCCCUGAACAUGUUUUUAACUAAUGAUAUGUUUCAACACUGAAGACCAGCAUGGCUGACUCACUUAAACCAGCUGCCAGUAAUUCAGGUUAUCUCCUGGUCUGUGCACAGGUCCAGCUUUAACUCCUGCAGUUUUUCUUCCACUGGUCCCCAGAGUGUGAACAAGCCGAAAACGAACACCUCUACCUCUGAGUCUGGACUUCCAAAAUAGACUGUGCUUUCCCAAGCUCCAACUGCUGCUGUGAAUUCGCCUCCUGCCCAGUGGCAUAAUGUGGGUUGCCAGGGCUGCGGGAGGGAAACAGACAGAGUACACAUGCUCAUUCAACUGCCUAACAGCGUCCAUGUUCACCCAGGAGAGAUUGUAGCUGCAGAGAUAAGAAAAUAAGAGUCAUUCCGUUGUCUGGAGAGAUAGCUUCCUUCUUUUUUUGUUGGGACUUCUUGUGAUUUCCAGUUCUUAGCUAACAAAAUUCUUGCCGCAGUUGUGGCAUACAAAAACAAUUUAACAUCUUUCUUGGGCAAUUCCAAACCUAUUAUUCCAAGAAGAAAGGCCUCUGGUUUCUUAAUAAAUGUAUAUUUCAACAUUUUUUUCAAUUCAUUAUAAAUCUUCUCCCAGAAGUCUUUCACCUUGGGUCAUGUCCACCACAUAUGAUAGAAAGUUCCCUCCUUUUCUUUACAUUUCCAACAUAAAUUAUCACUGUUAUGGUAAAUCUUUGUUAAUUUUACAGGAGUCAAAUACCAUCUAUACAUCAUCUUCAUAAUAUUUUCUUUUAACACCGUACAUGCAGUGAACUUGACCCCUUGGGGAGAUCACUUCCUGGCUCGCAUGGAGAAACCAUUUUGAACAGAAGCAGCACCAGGUGUUCGGCCAAUUUUGCACCCCUAACAAUUUUGCACCCGGGGCAACUACCCCUAUGCCCCACCACCACCACGCUACAUCACUGCCCCUGCCCAUUAACUUUUCCCAUUUCAUACUGCUUCCCCACACACCUAGACACAUAAAGCAUCACGACUCUGCAAGUAACUGCAAAAUUCCUAGUGCUCCAUUCAGGGCAGGGCCAGAUUCCAACUCAACAGAAUGAGUUUGGCUUACCACAUUCUGAAGCCGUAUAUAUUACCAUCUCAAGAGGAGGGUUCCUGGAAGACCAUUGCAUCCAGAAUCUAAAAUUGCCUGAUUGCAACACCAAAAACCUUCCAGUCCCAGCCUAAAAGCUGUUCAUCCAUCUUGUUGACCUCCCCAGGCACUCUGCAACUUGACUUCUGUGUUUACUUCUUCAACCCAUAGCAGUUGCUGACCAGCACAUCUGUCAUCUACACACCCCCAGGCUUAUCUCAAGGUUUUCCGCAAAGGGCAGCUGCAGUUUGGUUGAACUUUCUUGGUGUCCUGCACGGCAUGGCUUCCUGUCACCUGGUAAUGUGUUCUGAUUUUGUUAGGAGGGCUACUGCUAUUUUCUGGGAUUCUGUUCCGUCACAUCAGCACACCCAUUUCACCCAAAUGGGAACAAAACUGGCAAGUGGUUCAAAGGAAGAAGAAUAAGAAUUUGGAUUUAAUAUCCCACUUUAUCACUACCUGAAGGAGUCUCAAAGCGGCUAACAUUCUCCUUUCCCUUCCUCCCCCACAAGAAACACUCUGUGAGGUGAGUGGGGCUGAGAGACUUCAGAGAAGUGUGACUGGCCCAAGGUCACCCAGCAGCUGCAUGUGGAGGAGCGGGGAAUCGAACCCAGUUCACCAGAUUACGAGUCCACUGCUCUUAACCACUACACCACACUGGCUCUCACCCAUCUCCUCCAUGUAAGUAAAGCCCAGGACCUACAGCCUACCCAGACUGCUGUGUUAUUUUGGGUGCAUGUAGAAAUAUGUUGUUGAUGUAUUAAUAGUGCAUUUGGCAUUGAUUUAUACUGGGCUGUCCCAUACCCUCCAACAUUUCUCCAAUGAAAAUAGGGACGUCCCAUUCCAUAAUGAUUUACUAUUUAUACUCUACACAUCUGACUGAGGGGCCCCAGCCACUCUGGACAGCUUCCAACAUAUAUUAAAACAUAAUAAAACAUUAAACAUUUAUUUUUUAAAAAUUCCCUAUACAGUAUAGGAUUGCCUUCUGACGGCUCGGUGGGUCAGAUAAUUCCAUACCCUCCAACAUUUCUCCAAUGAAAAUAGGGACAUCCUAAGGAGAAGUGGGACAUUCUGGGAUCAAAUCAGUAACCGGGACGGCUUCUCUAAAUCAGGGACAUCCCUGGAAAAUAGGGACAUUUGGAAGGCCUGCUGUCUACACAUAAUCCACUUGUAUUGGUUCUGAUAUGCUUCUCCAAUGUUCACACAUUAUUGCAUCCCUACAUUAACUUUAGGGACGCGGGUGGCGCUGUGGUCUAAACCACAGGGCCUUGGCCUUGCCGACCUGAAGGUUGGCGGUUCGAAUCCCCGUGACGGGGUGAGCUCCCGUUGCUCAGUCCCAGUUCCUGCCAACCUAGCAGUUUGAAAGCACGUCAAAGUGCAAGUAGAUAAAUAGGUACUGCUCCGACGGGAGGGUAAAUGGCAUUUCCGUGUGCUGCUCUGGUUCGCCAGAAGCGGCUUAGUCAUGCUCGCCAUAUGACCCAGAAGCUGUACACCGGCUCCCUCGGCCAAUAAAGCGAGAUGAGCGCCGCAACCCCAGAGUCGGCCACAACUGGACCUAAUGGUCAGGGGUCCCUUUACCUUUACCUUUACAUUAACUUUACCCAUUCCGUUGUCCAUGUUCCUGCCAUUCUCUUUCCCCCUCUUUAUGAGCUACUUACGCCAUGAUGCCAUGCCAACAUAUUUUCAUUUGUGUACUUUUGUUAACACUCAUGCUCAUUUGCAGACAUCCCCCCUCAGGAAUAGUAGUACACAGCACCAACAGGAAAUGUGGGCUUUGUAAAAAGGGACAAGCUUCUCCCCCUUCUUUUUCCCUAAGUGUACGUUAGUUGUAAAGGUAAAAAGGACCCCUGAACAGUUAAGUCCAGUCAAAGGUGACUAUGGGGUUGUGGCGCUCAUCUCGCUUUCAGGCCAAGGGAGCUGGCGUUUGUCCACAGACAGCUUUCUGGGUCAUUUGGCCAGCAUGACUAAACUGCUUCUGGCACAACAGGACACCAUGAUGGAAGCCAGAGCGCACAGAAAUGCCGUUUACCUUCCCGCUGCAGUGGUACCUAUUUAUCCACUUGCACUGGCGUGCUUUCGACCUGCUAGGUUGGCAGGAUCUGGGACAGAGCAACGGGAGCUCACCCUGUUGUGGGAUUCGAACUGCCGACCUUCCAAUCGGCAAGCCCAAGAGGCUCAGUGGUUUAGACCACAAUGCCACCCGCAUCCUAGUUGUGUUGUGACACAAUACCGCUAUAUUUUCAUUUUUACACAUAUGUAAGUUUUGAUGUUCAGGCUGAGAUUGCUGGGCUAAUCUAUCCCUUAUGUCCACACAAAACCCCACAGGAAUGGCAGGGUCUUGACACCAAGAGGAAGAAUGUAGAGGACACAUUUCAGCACAUUGCCAAGGUGCUCUUGCACUAACCACCCCAAAUUUUUAGCGGGCACAAAUCAUAUUAAAAGUGCAAUCAUGUUUAACUGCCCCCAAUAGCAUCGUGCACGCAAUUCAUGACAUCUGGAAGGAGCCUUGGGUUCAAAUUCCAGGUGGAAUUUCAUUCUUCGCUGCUCUCCUCUUCUUUUAAAUAACUGAACGAGACACACAAACACACAUACACACCCUCCCUGCUGCUGAAGCGAAGGCUGGUUUCCAAGAGUAUGAAAAUCAAGCCCAUUAAUAUGUCUGGGCGGGAAGAAAUUAGGACCUCUGAACUAGAAUAACCAACAUAACAGUCAGUUCUAGGAACUUCCCAUAAUGGGAGUGACGAGGUGAUCUGCCAUGCUCUCUAUGAAGGCACCCUCAGGCCAGUGGAACAGUGGCAGACUGACUGCCACAAAGAGUCCCCAGAAGUCUCACUCUCUGGUGUUCAGAUCUCCGACUGCGUAAUAGAUCUACUCUGUGAUGAACCAGCUGUUCUGAUAGGGUGGUCCUUGUUUUUUUGUUACGUACUUCAGGCCUCUUCCUUUUGGCCUCUACCUAAUCAUCUAGCAUUUCCUGGAUUGAGUCAUUUUUCCAGCUGCGUUGACCCAGCAGCCAAAUGAGCGGUCACUGGGACGGACUUGGUGAGAGCAACCGGACGGGGCUUUGAAGCAUUCCUUUGCCGCGAUGAGCCCGAAAGCCCUGCUCGUUCUCCUGCUACUCGCUCUGGUUACCAUUUUUGCCUUGGUGUGCGUGUUGCUGACCAGGAGGGAGACCCUUGUUCACUCUCCUGCAGGGUCUCAGGAUUCCCUGAGCGGAAAGCACAAUGACCAGAGCCUGGUAUUUGCUGACCUGUCCACAGAAGAGAUGGCUGUGGUGCUGAAGUAUCUGCAGUCUCACCUGGGGCUACCCCUGGUGGAUGCUUAUCACGCCAACUCUUCUGAUAAUUGUGUUUACUACUUGGAUGUGGAGGUGCCCCGCAAGGAGCAGGUGCUGAAAUUCCUUGAUCAUGGAGGGCCAAAGCCUGUUCGACAGGCACUGGCUGUGGUGUACUUUGGAAACCAGGCAGAACCAAACAUCACAGAGUACGUGGUGGGCCCGCUCCCGGCGCCAACAUAUCAUCGGGAUGUGACGGCGGAGAAAUAUAGAGGCAAGUUAUCUUACCACGGCCGAACUGUGAUGGGGAACGAAUACGAACAAAUUGGGAAAUUCCUACUGGGAGGAAAGCUGCUUGAAGCUGCCACUUUCUUCGAACAGGUGUUUGGUCACAACGGGAGCGACUUUGCGGCCCUCACCUCAGCCCCUCGGGGGUUCCAGUCUGGAGAUCGCGCCACCUGGUUUACCCUGUUCCAGAACAUCAAGGGCUUCUUCCUGCAUCCGGUGGGAUUUGAGCUGUUGCUAAACCACAGCAGCCUCAACAUCUCUCACUGGAGUGUGCCAAAAGUGUUUUAUAACGGUCAGUAUUACGAUGGUUUGCAGGAGCUGGAAAAGGAAUUCAAAGCGAAUCGCGUGAAAGUGGCCAAAGUCGAGAGAGUCUCCUCCGACGGGGGGUUUGCUUCGAUCGACCGAAAGGUCCCCUCUCUGGGAUCUGGUCCUUUGCACUAUGAGUCCUGCGGACCACGCUAUAGUGUAAGGAACAACCAGGUCAUUUCCCCAUCCUGGAGUUUUGCUUUCAGGAUGGACGUGAACAGAGGACCCAGUGUCUACGACGUCCGAUUUAAGGGCCAAAGGAUUGUCUACCAACUCAGUGUGCAGGACGCCAUGUCUGUCUACGGUUCCAACUGCCCUGGUGGGAUGUCCACCCGAUAUAUGGAUGUCAAUUUUGCCAUGGGGAGGUAUUCUUAUUCCCUCGUCCGCGGAGUUGAUUGCCCUUACUCUGCCACUUACCUUGACGCCGCUUAUUUAAUUGAGACCGUGACUCCAGAGGUGCAGAAGAACUCCAUCUGCGUUUUUGAGCAGAAUGUGGAAGCUCCCUUCCGGCGACAUUACUCCAACCUUCAGUCUCUCUACUACGGGGGGUUGCCUGCCUCUGCGCUGGUCUUUCGUUCUGUAUCUACUAUGGGGAACUAUGACUACGUCUGGGACUUCAUUUUCCAUCCAAACGGUGCUAUUGAAAGCAAAGUCAGAGCCAGUGGGUAUAUAACAUCAUCUUUCCUCUAUGGUGAUGGGCUGGACUAUGGCAACAGAGUGGCAGACCACACACUUGGAACGAUCCACACUCAUUUCAUCAACUACAAAGUGGACUUGGAUGUGGGAGGUAAGGUCUACUUUGAUCACGGCACUUUUGCUCUGUCUUCUGCCCUUGUUGACAGCUCUGCUUCUUGCCGCUGGGUGCUUUCUCACUAUUCCCACCCCACAACCCAGGGGUGCCAGGGGGCCGCAAUUUCCACCCUGGGUCGGGUUUGUUGCAACAAAGCACUGUUUCCGUUCUGCUGCAGUUCAGCUUCCGCUGAAACCUUAGCUGUUCAUCUUGCUAUCUGCUAUGGCCAAAACACAUGUAGUUAAAGGGAAGAUGAAAAAAGGGUUUAUUAUGUAAUAUGUAAAAAUCUAAAAGUACAAUAUCUUUAUGAUUGUUGAUUAGGAUAUUUAAAAGAGGGGAGGGAACUGCUGAACAAAAUAUGUGAACUGGAAUACAAAAAAGGGAGGUGCGAGGAGGUCGAGGAAACAAGUAAAUGAAGGAUAAGACAUAGAAAGACUAAUUUGUUUGUUUAACUGUUUUUAUUUUGUAUUCUGUAUUUUUCUAUUUUUACAUCUUUUUUCUUUUUUAUCUGCUUUUCUUUUUCCCCCCGCUUAUUUUUGUAAUAUGUUGAAACUUUAAUAAAUAUCUUUUUUAAAAAAAACAACACAUGCAGUUAAUUAAGUAAUUAAUUGCACAGUUAAUCUCAAUGCAUUGAGGGAAAUGUCAAAACCAUGCAGGAAAUAACCACUUGUGUAAUAUCUGCAGGCUGGGGAAAAAAAUAAUGAUAGUAAAUGCCACUUGUAUUUGCUUGCACAGUUUCCAUUACUGACCUCGGACAAACAUGCAGAUUGGGUGAAUUUCUGUUCCCCUUUCUGAUGGAAUUUGCUGACAUUCCUACUAGAUCUCCGUGAACUGAGUGGCAAAGUUUCUGCCAGGAGAGGGCACCAUUGGAGCAACCACAUCUAUAUACUGCUUCAUUGCCCUUUGUGAUAGGAACAACCUGUGUCUGGAUUUCCAGAAUCCAUCUAAAAUAUUGUUUUUGACUGUGUUUCCAUGGGACUCUUGGGUUUGAUUAGCACCUUGCAGGGGUUCAAGGGCAUUUUACAAGCUCCCACUCAUGCUCUCUUGUUCCAGUCACUCACCCUCCCUCACUGUAAAGCUUAGAUUUUAAGUCUGCAGUUAUUCUAGUUUAUUUUUUUUUUGCUCUUGCUGAGCUUGUAAUCCAUACAUGAUGAUAAAUCCAACACAUUAGGCUUGUCUCUCCACUGUUUCUGCAAGCCUAUCAUAAUAAUAAAGAAUGAUUUUAUUAUUUAAACCCUUCCCAUCUGGCUGGGCAGCUUCCAGCACAUAUUUUUUUUUAAAAAAGAUGUCAAACAUUAAAAUCUUCCUGAGACAGGGCUGCCUUCAGAUGUCUUCUAAAAGUUGUGUGGUUCUUUACCUCCUUGACAUCUGAUGAGAGGGCAUUCCACAGGGAGGGUGCCACUACCGAGAAGGCCCUCUCUGCCUAGUUCCCCGUAGCUUCAUGUCUCACAGUGAGGGAACCUCCAGAAGGCCCUCAGAGCUGGAUCUCAACUAUAAGUGUGGAAAUGCUCCUUCAGGUAUACAGGGCCAAACCUGUUUAGAGCUUUAAAGGUCAGCACCAACACUUUGAAUUGUCCUUUGAAAUGUCCUGGGAGCCAGUGAAGAUCCUUUAGGACCGGUGUUAUAUGGUUCUGGCAGUUGCUCUCAGUCGCCAGUCUAGCUGCUGCAUUCUGGAUUAGUUGUAGCUUCUGGGUCACCUUCAAAGGUAGCCCCACGUAGAGCGCAUUGCAGUAGUCCAAGCGGGAGAUAACCAGAGCAUGCACCACUCUGGCCAGACAGUCUGCGGGCAGGUAGGGUCUCUGCCGAAUUGCUCCACCAGUAUGGACAUAUACGAAGGAUCUUGAGAAUAUAAUUUUUCACUACCGUUCUAUCCUCGCCAUCCCUCUUUCUAGGUGUUCAGAAUUCCUUGCUAGCCAACGACAUGACUUUUGAAAAAGUGAAGGUCCCUUGGAGCCCUGAACAUGAGAUCAACCGGAUGAAACUGGUGAAGAAAGUCUUAGACACGGAAGACAAGGCUGCCUUUCGCUUACAUGAUGACAUGCCAAGAUACAUCUAUUUUGCAUCCGAAAGCAAGAACAAAUGGGGCCAUAAUCGUGGCUAUCGGAUCCAGCCCAUCAGCUUUUUUGGGGACCACCUUCCAGAGACGGAUCCAAUGGAGAGAGCUAUCAGUUGGGGAAGGUAGUGAUUGCGUCUUAUGUGACAUCACAGUCCCAUCAUCCAGUAAUUCUCUUCCUCUCUUUUCCCCUUGGUUCCUCCAUCUUUUCUCAAACCACAGAAAGUCCAACUUUCUCUGGAAUAGCAUCACAAUCUCCACAAAUGUGGCUUUUAGCACUAUUCUUUUGUUGUUUUAGGGACGCGGGUGGCGCUGUGGAUGAAACCACAGAGCCUAGGACUUGCCGAUCAGAAGUUCGGCAGUUAGAAUCCCCGUGACUGGGUGAGCUCCUGUUGCUCGGUCCCUGCUCCUGCCAACCUAGUAGUUCAAAAGCACGUCAAAGUGCAAGUAGAUAAAUAGGUACCGCUCCGGCGGGAAGGUAAAUGGCAUUUCCAUGCGCUGCUCUGGUUCGCAAGAAGCAGCUUAGUCAUGCUGGCCACAUGACCCGGAAGCUGUACGCCGGCUCCCUCGGCCAGUAAAGCAAGAUGAGCACUGCAACCCCAGAGUCGGCCAUGACUGGACCUAAUGGUCAGGGGUCCCUUUACCUUUGCUUUUGUUGUUUUAGGGCUUUGACAUGGGCAAUGACAUAACUCGGAAAAUAAACCUAUCGUAGCUCAGCACACAUUUUUUUAUUCCCUUCGCAACUUGUGUCAUUUUAUGACAUUUUCUGGUCACUGUCAUCAACCAUGUUGCUAAAAGGAUGCUGACCAGAAAUAUAUUUUAGAUAGACAGGCAGGCAGGCAGCCUUUAUAACAUCAUUAAGCCUUUGUAGAAGUAUCUGUAGUGGCACCUCAGUUUUCAAACGUAAUCCGUUCUGGAAGACCAUUCGAGUUCCGAAACGUUAAAAAACCGAAAACUCAGUAUAGAAGCCUCAAAACGGAAGCCUCAAAACAGAAAACUCAAUGUGGAGUUUCAUAUUUGACUUCCAAGGCGCAUUCAAAAACCAAAGCAUUUACUUCCAGGUUUACAGCAUUCGAAAACCAAAAUGUUUGUCACCAGAGAUGUUCGAAAACUGAGGUACCACUGUAUAUAUUUCAUUUAAAAUGUAUUUGCCGGGAAAGUGUUUAGCACUCAUUAAAAUUCUGAUUUAUUUAUUUUUUAAAAAAUUAGGAUCAUAAAUUGGCACCCAGCCACACAAAGGCUAUAGUGGUUUCAAGUUUCAAAUGGCCCACUCGCAGCACACAAAACCCCUGAUAGUGUGGGAAAUCAAUUGCAUUUCCGCUUUGGAAGAGCAGUAAGGGGCCGCCUCACCUGUCGGCAAGCACCCCAUGUCCCAAUUUCAGGAGAGCAUCCACUAUCUUGUCAGCUGCGGCCGGCCACGAGCAAAGACAAAGCGCCAUAGCGUGAUGCUGGGCCUCAUCUGUAGGAAAAUGGGGAUACCGUUCAGUUUCAGCGACGCUUCAUUUUGUUUUCUGUUGUUGUUGCUGUUGCUGCUGCUGCUUUUUCGUUGCUACUCUGCUUCUCAGGUAUAAGCUGGCUGUCACCAAGCGCAAAGAGGAAGAACCAUAUAGCACCAGCAUCUAUAACCAGAAUGACCCCUGGACUCCUUCAGUUGCCUUUGCUGACUUCAUAGACAAUGAGACGAUUGUCAACGAGGUGAGUUAACACUCUCUGCCGAAGCUUCUGGUGAUCUGUACAACCUCCAUGGAAUUGGGCAGGAUGCGGACUCAAACCAGAAACUAGAUGCUCGACAAAUCUGUUACACACCUGUUUCCCUUAUCAUAUGACCCUCGGUUGCUAUUAGCUUGUCAAGCAGGAUAUAAAGGGGAAUAGGUUUCAGUGCAUCUUUCACACGUCUUCGAAGUGGAAACACACAUUUGAAGCAAAUCGGGGGGGUUUCUGAACCUGUGUUUGCUAGUUCACAUAGACGGAGGGAUUGGAGGCAGCAUUUGCAGGAGAGAAUCAACAGCUGGUAUGCUUGAACCUACCCUACUGCGAACCACUGAGCAUCUUGGGCUUGCCGACUGGAAGGUCGGUGGUUCGAAUCCCACGACAGGGUGAGCUCCAGUUGCUCUGUCCCAGCUCCUGCCAACCUAGCAGGUCGAAAGCGUGCCAGUGCAAGUAGAUAAAUAGGUACCACUGCAGCGGGAAGGUAAAUGGCAUUUCCAUGCGCUCUGGUUUCCGUCACGGUGUCCCGUUGCGCCAGAAGCGGCUUAGUCAUGUUGGCCACAUGACCCGGAAAGCUGUCUGUGGACAAACGCCAGCUCCCUCGGCCUGAAAGUGAGAUGAGCGCCGCAACCCCAUAGUCGCUUUUGACUGCACUUAACUGUCCAGGGGUCCUUUACCUUUUUACCUUUACCUUACUGCCAAUACCUCCCAAUAUAUUAGCUGGAUUUUCCCCCUUUUCUGAUUCCAAGACUGGAUAAAAAAAUUGACUGGGGGAGAACUAGUGUUCUCAGAAGAUUUAACGACUCCCCACGCUGCCUGCUAAUGAAUACCUCAUUGCCUCCUCAUUAAAACUGCAUCAGCAAACGCAGGAUUAGAAACCGCCAUAAGGCUUUUUGUCUUGUGUGGAAUGCAAAAAAUUGUGAGUUGGAGCAAUGUUUUCCAUGUGUCGCGCUCAUCCUCCUAAGCACAGUUACCAUCUCUUAGGAAAGAAAUGAUUAAUGUGCGGCUAAUAAUAAUGUUUUUGGUGUGUCGUCUUGAUGUUAACGUUCAUUGAACUCUCACAUAAAUGGAAGAACAGGCCGCUUGACCGUUCUCUGUGGGAUUUGAGACGUGAGCCCAGCCAAAUCAAUCCCAGCCAAACAGCGGAAUGUUCUAGAAUUCUUGGCCUGGAAUUCUCAGAUGCAUUUCUGUCAAAGGAUAUGACUGUAAACAGCAAGCGCUUUCCCUCCUGUGGUUGUUCUUGAAGUUUGAAAGCUGCCCGGAAAGUCGGGAGAACGGAUUUGCUGGCUGUGUGGCCCAAAUCCAUUUAACUCGCCAAAUUUCUUGGCGCUGGUAAGUGCGUACCCUCCAUCGUUUAUCCAAUGAAAAUAGAGACAUCCUAUUCAACAAUAAGGGACGUGGGCGGCACUGUGGGUUAAACCACAGAGCCUAGGGCUUGCCGAUCAGAAGGUCAGCUGUUCGAAUCCCCGCGACAGGGUGAGCUCGGUCCCUGCUCCUGUCCACCUAGCAGUUCAAAAGCACUUCAAAGUGCAAGUAGAUAAAUAGGUACCACUCCAGCGGGAAGGUAAACAGCGUUUCCAUGCGCUGCUCUGGUUCGCCAGAAGCGGCUUAGUCAUGCUGGCCACAUGACCCGGAAGCUGUACGCCGGCUCCCUCAGCCAAUAAAGCGAGAUGAGCGUCGCAACCCCAGAGUCGGCCACGACUGGACCUAAUGGUCAGGGGUGCCUUCACCUUUUUAUUCAACAACAGCAACAACAAAUUUAUUAUUUCUACCCCACCCACCUGACUGGGCUGCCCCAGCCACUCUGAGCGGCUUCCAACAUUCAUAAAAACAUAAUAAAACCUUAACCAUUUAAAAACUUCCCUAUAUGUACAGGGCUGCCUCCAGAUGUCUUCUAAAGGUUGCUUAGUUACUUAUCUCCUGGGCUUGGGGGUCACAUAACUCCAACAUUUUUCCUAUGGAAACAGGGGCGUCCAAGGAAAAGCAGGACAUUCUGGGAUCAAAUCAGAAAACCAAGAUGGCUUCUGUAAAUCCGGGACUGUCCCUGGAAAAUUGAGACACCUGGAGGGUCUGUCAUGUUGCCAUGGCCCUUCAAUCCAGCGGUGGUGAGGGGCAAAGUCAGAGGCUGCAGGGGCUCUAGAUAGGGAGAUCAUUGCACCUGAGGGUGAUGGACAGGAAUCUCCAUAGGGGAAGCUCCUAGACAGAGAAGCCUGCUAGGAGCCACCAGCACCUAUAGAUUCUGUGUUUUCUGUAUUGUGAUUUUUUGUUGUGAACCACCCUGAGAUCUAUGUGUACAGGGCAGUAUACCAGUUUUGUGGGUUGUAACAUCACAGAAAGCAGUCAAAUACAACAUUUCCUGUUUGCCCAGAGUGGACACACAGGGGGAUGUUGCUCCAGCCAGGAGGACUUCCUGUGACACCUGGCCUGGAGAGUCCUCCCUCAGCGUAUGACCAGGUCAAUGGGCGUGACCCUGGCAGACCCCAUAAAAGGGCUGGUCAUGCAGCCAUCUUUCUAUGGACCCUUCUCUUGAUGCUGCUCUCUUGAUGUUCUUUUGCUGUCUGCUGGCUCUCAGCCAGCAGCACAUGGGCUCAAUCCCAAUAUGGGAUGAAUCCCCACUCUCUUCUGUAACUACAAGCUAAAGCCUGCCUUCAGGAUCAUACUGUGAACUGAAUGUAAGUACAGUGGUACCUCGGGUUAAGUACUUGAUUCGUUCCGGAGGUCCGUUCUUAACCUGAAACUGUUCUUAACCUGAAGCACCGCUUUAGCUAAUGGGGCCUCCCGCUGCUGCCGUGCCGCCGGAGCACAAUUUCUGUUCUCAUCCUGAAGCAAAGUUCUUAACCCGAGGUACUAUUUCUGGGUUAGCGGAGUCUGUAACCUGAAGCGUAUGUAACCUGAAGCGUAUGUAACCCGAGGUUCCACUGUAAACUUCUUAUUACUGGAUUGGCCCAAAUAUAAGCCACACUCUCCCCCACCCCCCCACCCCAAUUCUGACCAUGAAAAGUAAAGUGUGGCUUAAAUUCACAACCGUACCAAAAUUGGCAUUUACAAUAUCGCUUCUUCUACAAUUGCCAUUUACGGGUGUGAGUGCCUGCAGAAUUUUAAGGGAGCGGCUUAUAUUCGGGUAUUGUCUUUUUUCCCUUGAAUUUUAAAGGUGCGGCUUAUUUUCAGGAGCAGCUUAUAUACGGGCCAAUACGGUACUUUUAAAAGAAGACUGUUGUGCCUUGACUCUUUUUAAGAGGGAACAAAGGGGAGUUACCAGGAACAAAUCCAAUCUGGACAAGCCAGACUGGAUUGCUUAACUCAAGAGAUUCUACCAACUAGCUUCCUGCAAUAUACAGGUAAUGUGCUCUGCUACCAGCUCACUAGCAUGAACGAGGAAGUAUAAUAUUUACCGUAUUUUUCACACAUAAGACGCACCUAGUUUUUAGAGGAGGAAAACAAAGGAAAAAAUAUUCUGAAUGAAACAGUGGAUGCAUGAUUUUUGUGGUUCAUGCUGUGGCCACAGACAUGUGAUCUGAUGGUGAAUUUGGGGUGACCCAAUGCAAAAAUCCUGAGGAUCCAUGUGGAUCCGCGCUUUGUAACCACAUUUUUGCACCAUUGCGGCCCCACGCAGCAGUGGGUGCCUGGUUUUUUUGGUGCAGGCUGUAGCCAUGGACAUGUGAUCUGAUGGUGAAUUUGGGGUGACCCAAUGUAAAAAUCCUGAGGAUCCAUGGGCUUUUACCUCCCCCCUCCUAGGGAGCCUCCGCUAGCCUCCCUUAUCUCUCUUCUGAUCCUACUGAUCAGCUGUUUCCUUUCAACACUCCCUUCCCUCUUGUUUGCCUUAGUGUUUUUUCCUUAGCUGGAGCAGUUUUUUUGCUCCUCCUUUUCUUCUAAUUUCUCUCCUUAUUGCUUUAGUCUUCCUGUUUCCCCUCUUUGCAAGUUUGCUGUCUUCACCUCCCUGCUCCCAGGCAGCCUCCUUUAUCUCUAGCGUCCCUUAUCUCUCUCCCCGCUCUGCAAACGAUCAGCGGCUUUGUUUCAACACCCCCUUCCCUCUUUCAAAAAAAAAAAAAAAAGCAUGAUCUGCUUUUUGCCCCUGGGCAAUUUGGCUCCAGGGACCUCACAUUCGUUCCAUAAGACACAAAGACAUUUCCCGUUACUUUUUAGGAAGAAAAAAGUGUGUCUUAUGGAGUGAAAAAUAUGGUAAUCAAUAUAUCCUCUCCUACCAUCCACAACAGGGGGCACGGGUGGCGCUGUGGGUUAAACCACAGAGCCUAGGGCUUGCCGAUCAGAAGGUCGGCGGUUUGAAUCCCCACGACGGGGUGAGCUCCCAUUGCUUGGCCCCUGCUCCUGCCAAACUAGCUGUUCAAAAGCACGUCAAAGUGCAAGUAGAUAAAUAGGUACCACUAUGGUGGGAAGGUAAAUGGCGUUUCCGUGCACUGCUCUGGUUCGCCAGAAGCGGCUUAGUCAUGCUGGCCACAUGACCCGGAAGCUGUAUGCCAGCUCCCUCGGGCAGUAAAGCGAGAUGAGCGCCGCAACCCCAGAGUCAGCCACGACUGGACCUAAUGGUCAGGGGUCCCUUUACCUUUUACCUUACCAUCCACAACAAAUUUCAACAACAACAACAGAGGCAGAAUCUGGAGCCUCAUGGGUCCAGUCUCCUGAAGCCUCUGACUGCCCAUCGGGGCAGGGAGCACACCAGGAGGGAGGCUGUGGGAUAAAGGGCAACUGUGCGUCUUCAGGUCAGAGACCUUUAGGGCUCUGGGAAUUUGUAUGCAAGAGAUCAAGGAAGUGAGCCAAGAGGAAGCUCUCUGGCUCGCGCCUCAGUUUAAAUGGGGCCCAGCCACGCCCCCCAGCCAGCGGAUUGGCUGGCAGACGAAUGACACAGCUGGGAACCUCCGGGGGACGCGGGACUUCGUCCCCGCCCCCGGAGGGGAGUGGGUGGCCAUGUGGUCCACCGCAACUCCUCCCCACUGGGAAGUGGAGUAGAUUUCCCACGGCGGUUUCUGUGUUUUGAGAUCUUCCCAAUAGGCAUCUUGUGACAUUUCCUUCCAGAUUUUCUCCCUCUCUCAGCAAUCUCAUCCCAUCUUUGGCUUCCUGAGUUGAAAGUAUUUGAUCCUGCAAGCUUAACUUGGUCAGUUUGGGUUGUGCCUUGAGCCUUCAAUUAAAUUAUGGCGUGAGCAGACCAACGCCUGCUUCUACAAUGGGACUUUCAUACCACACAUGCCCCAAACCAUCCCUGAAUCUCUUCCAGACAGUUGGGAGAACAGAUUUUGGGGCAAGCAGAGGGGAGAUAAUGUCCUGUUGCCCAUGGAAAAAUCAUUGUGCUGGUGAAAUGUUCAUCUUAGGCUCUGCAUCGAAUUCCUCCCUUUUGUUUUUAUUUACAAACCUACACGUUGAGCAGAUUAUUGUGGGAGUACAAGCAGGCAAGCAGCCACCACAAAAUCCCAGUUCAUCCCUCACAAAAUAGAAGCCAUUUGUCAAAAGCUGCUUUCACAAAUUGGCUCCAGACAUAGAGUCUACCCCACUCCCAGGUUACGGGUGCAUGUCAGACAGUUGGAGCAAAGAAUUUUCCGGCUUUUGCUAAUAAUUGCUCAUUGAUCCACAUCAGCUAUUUUCCAUCCACCACCAGUCUGCCCCCAAACUUCAGAGAUCUGUCUUUGAACCCAUGAACGCAUGUUGAAAAAUGUCUUCUUUUGAGUUUCAGCAUAGACUGAGUUCACAUGUUUAAAACACUCUUUAUAGCACUUUAACAGCCAGAGCUCUCCCCACCAAAGAAUCCUAGGAACUGUAGUUUGCUAAGGAUUCUGGGAACUGUAGUUCUGUGAGGGGUAAGCUACAGUUCCCAGCAUUCUUUGGGGGAAGCCAUUGCAGCGGAAGUGGCGUAAAUGUGCCCUCAGCUGUAUCAACAUUUUGGAGGUCCCAGGUCGCAAGGUGGUUAGAUUGGUCUCAACUAGGGCCAGGGCCUUUUCAGUACUGGCCCCGACUUGGUGGAAUGCUCUGUCACAAGACACUAGGGCCCUGCAGGACUUGACAUCUUUUCGCAGGGCCUGCAAGACAGAGCUGUUCCGCCUGGCCUUUGGUUUGGACUCAGUCUGACCCUUAUGUUUCCCUCCCCUUAUGGUUUUGCUCUAUGGGCUACUUUUAAAAUGAGGCUGCAUUUUAAAUUGCAUUUUAACCUGUAUUUUAAAUUGGUUUUUCCCCCCUAUUAUGUUUUUACUGUAAUUUUACUGGUGUUAGCCGCCCUGAGCCCGGCUCUGGUCAGGGAGGGUUGGUUAUAAAUAAAAUUUAUUAUGAUUUAUUACAGUGGUACCUCGGGUUAAGUACUUAAUUCGUUCCGGAGGUCCGUUCUUAACCUGAAACGGUUCUUAACCUGAAGAACCACUUUAGCUAAUGGAUCCUCCUCCUACCGCCGCGCCACCGGAGCACGAUUUCUGUUCUCAUCCUGAAGCAAAGUUCUUAACUCGAGGUACUAUUUCUGGGUUAGCGGAGUCUGUAACCUGAAGCGUAUGUAAACCGAGGUAAAGGUAAAGGGACCCCUGACCAUUAGGUCCAGUCGUGACCGACUCUGGGGUUGUGGCGCUCAUCUCGCUUUAUUGGCCGAGGGAGCUGGCGUACGGCUUCCGGGUCAUGUGGCCAGCAUAACUAAGCCGCUUCUGGCGAACCAGAGCAGCGCACGGAAACACCGUUUACCUUCCCGCAGGUGUGGUACCUAUUUAUCUACUUGCACUUUGACGUACUUUCGAACUGCUAGGUUGGCAAGAGCAAGGACCCAGCAACGGGAGCUCACCCCGUUGCGGGGAUUCGAACCGCCGACCUUCUGAUCGGCAAGCCCUAGGCUCUGUGCUUUAACCCACAGCGCCGCCCGAGGUACCACUGUAUUAUUAUCAUGUAUGUGUGACUGCCCUGCAUCACUGCUGCACCCUUUCCUCUUAGCAGAUGUCAUGAGCCAAUGUUUUUGUCCUCCCCAGGACCUGGUUGCCUGGAUUACCACGGGCUUCUUGCACAUACCACACGCGGAGGACGUCCCCAACACAGUGACGCUUGGGAAUGCAGUUGGCUUCCUCCUGAGGCCCUACAACUAUUUUGAUGACGAUCCCUCCAUCUACUCCCCGGAUGGUGUUUUCUUCACCAGCGAACAGGACCCGACUUCCUGUGACGUCAACCACCUUGCAUGCCUGCCGAAAACAGCGGCAUGCUUACCCAACCUCCCGCCUUUCACUUACGAGGGCUUCCAAAACCUGACAAGGCUCUGA